CGUAAAUAAAUAAUCUAUUAAUGACCCACUUGGGAAAGGAUUUUCCAUUAGAAAGACAUUUUAAGAAAGCCAGUUUACUAGUAAUCAUUCUGCUACAGGCUGUGCUGUCGCUAAUCUAUUUAACUCACGAUUAAAAGUCUGUGAAAUUUUGCCAUGUUUCAAGGAAAAACGUGUGUGAUUUUGACUGGUGCGAGCAAAGGUUUUGGUCGUGCUGUGGCAUGCUCGUUUGCCAAAGAAUUCGCAGAAAGCGAGUUUGGAAAAGAUUCUGUGCUGGUUUUGGUCGCACGCUCGAAGGAAGGUCUUGACGAAACAAGACGUGCAGUUGAGAAAAUAUACGGCGAUUUACAUGUCCAUGUAAUUUCUGGUGAUUUGGGAGACGUGAACCAUUUGGAUGAUUUAACUGCAUCAAUAUUUAGAAAUGUUGAUUCAAAGCAGUUCACUUCUGCUGUUCUCAUAAACAAUGCUGCAAGCCUUGGUGACAAGAUUACGUCCAUAACCAACCAUACAGAUGUUAAUUCAAUAAGGAAAUAUAUGGAUUUCAAUAUUACUUCAUUUUGUUAUUUCACCACGCAUUUUCUCAACCAUUUCUCAACGACGAAAAACUACGUGAUCAACAUAUCAUCAAUAUGUGCCAUCAAACCAACUCCAUCAAUGGCCUACUACUGCGCUGGGAAAGCAGCCAGGAACAUGUUUAACCAAGUUUUGUCCUACGAAUCAAAAGAUACAAGGGUACUGAACUAUGCUCCUGGGCCGAUGAAAACAGAUAUGUUUGAAGAUGUUUUGCAAACUGACCAUGACGAAUUGAAAGAAAUGUUCGUUCAAAUGAAAGAGCAGGACAAAGUGUUGGAGCCUGAAACCUCUGCUGAUAAACUGGUUCUGAUGUUGAAACAAGAUCGCUACAAAUCAGGCGACCAUAUUGACUACUUUGAUGAGAUGCCUUGAAGCAAAGUCAAAGACUUUUAUGU